AUGCCAUUGAAAUUAAAAUGGGGCAAAAAAAGUGGUCGAUACGAUCUUAGCCAAGAUAUUUAUGUAUUAACUGUCUAUCUCGGUGAUUAUCCUAUCCUACAAUGUACGCUAACAACAGAAAGUACCGCAAGCCAAUGUAUGGAAUAUCUUAGCCAAAAAGUUGACCUUAAUCAGGUAGAAAUGUUUGGCUUACGAUAUCAAAUGAAAACAAAUGAUCCGGAUAAUCGUAUGAUGCGUUGGGUAGAACUUGAUAAGCCAUUAAGGCGUCAACUCGAGAAAUGGGCAUGCAAACCACGACAAGUACAAUUGGCCGUCCUUUAUCAUACACCAAAUGCAUUUACAUUAACUGAUCAAAUGGCUAGAUCAUACUAUUUUUUCCUGAUGAAAUUGGAUGUUGUUGAAGGUAAAUUGACAGUUGCCCUCGAAAAAUAUAUCAAUCUUGCAGCAUAUAGUCUUCAAGUGGAAUACGGUGAUUUUGACCCAACAAUACAUACAAUUGAUUUUAUGCAAACUGUACCUCUCUUACCAAAGCAUAUCUGCCGAAGUGCGCAAAUUCAAGAAGAUUUGUUGAAGAGAGUUGCGGCGGUACAUGAACGACUUAAAGGAAUGCAACCAAGCUAUGCUGCAUUACUGUAUAUCGUCGAUGCACAACAAUGUGAAGGCUAUGGAGAAGAAUAUUUUAUUGGAAAGGAUGAAGAUAGUACUGAGGUAAAGAUUGGAUAUUCUCAGGAAGGCAUUAUUAUCAAAGGAUCCUAUGAUGCACCAUUAAGACAUAAUGUGCUCUUGAAUGUACAAAUCAAAUUUAUUGAUUUUGGAUGGGAACAUAUCAAGGAUAUGCAAGCAAUGAAACGACAUCUAAAUGUUCGACUUCAUAACGGAACUUCAGUUCAAUUUACUAUGGAAGAUGAAGAAAUGGCACGUUACGUAGCAAUGGUAAUGAUGUGGCAAUUUCGUUAUGCAACAAAUAAAGCAAUCAUUGAGAAAAAUAGUCCAAUGAAUAUCAAUAAUUUACAAGGAAGUAUCCGGACGUUCAAUCAAAUGAGAUCAUCAAAUGCUGAACUCAAUUCAACUCGUUUAAUUGGACCAGAUUAUGCGUCAUUAAUUUAUACAAUGAUGCCUGAGCCGACAUAUUGCUCAUCCACGCAACAUCUGCCAUCAUCGAAAAGACUGCAGCGUACAUCACUUUUACAGGCUACGUCAAUGUGUAAUCUAUCAACCAAUACUGGUUCCAAUGAAACUCAAUCAUCAAAACGUUCACCGUUAACAUCGUUAUUACAAAAUAAUAAAUCAGAAAAUGGUCAAGCAAGUAUGGAAUUUGAAAAUGUUUCCCGAAAUAUGCUAUCAAAAUCGACCGCGGCAUUGAAUUUUAUGGAUGACGAAGAAUGUUUUUCACCACCAGGUGUUCUAUAUUGUUCAACUCCUUUCUUACAAAAUAAUGCGCAGAAUGCAUUGGAAGACACCAACGAUGUGAUUCCUUCGGUUGCUGAAGAUAGUGCUCAAAAAUUUGAAUUUCAUAGCGUUGCCGUUUUGCGAAAACGACAUUUAGCUGAUACGAUGACUGGUUCUUCACCGGAAAUUCGUAUGAUCGGCGGUGGAACGCAUACACUGGGUCGAAGCGCUGCGGCAUUAGUGCACAAGUAUUCCUUGCUCGCAAAUGGAUCUCAUAAGGCAUCUCCGACCCAUGCACUUAGCAGUCCGGAUCUAUUGAGUACUUGCCGUUCAUCACCUGAUCUUAUCACGACCGUAUUAGAUCGAUAUCGAUUAGCGGUAGCUGAAGCAGAAUUACGAGCUGCUGCCGCUGUUUCGCAAAAGCCCUCGCAAUUACAAUAUCUCAAUGGUACCAUUCAAACUGGCAGACAUUGGCAUACAAUGAAAAGAUGUGAAAAUUAUAUGCUACCAUCACCGCCGCCAAUAAAUGUCAAGUCGCAGCCCAACAAGGAUGAGGAAUCACAACGAACUAGUGACAGUACUAAAACAGCCACAUUAGCGGGAAGAUUUAUGAUGAUGGAAGUAGCUGACGCAAAGGCCAAAGAGCAUAUAUCAAAAGAUACUGUGAGACCAAAAAUACUGAAAAGACCAUUGCCCAUAAUAUCCUCUUCCUCACAAGCAUCAUUCUAUCACCGCCCCACAGCAUCGAAAGUUAAAGGUCAGGCCCAUCCUAUUUCUUACUUAGCCCAAGCCGGGCAUAUCUAUUACCCUCCCUCAUCGCCGCUUGCGCAAAUUCGUGAGGUUUACCGUCAGCAGAAUGGCGAAACAAGUGGCUUUGGUAGUCUGAAUGAGCCAAUAUACGCUAACAAUGCGCUGAAAAAAUCAUCGAUAAUUUCCGCACCUCAUCGGUAUGAGGUGAUUGAGGAAGGUCGAACUCCGGAAUCUUUCGUUCGUCGGGUUCAUGAACUCUGCAUACCCUUGUCUUGCGGUGCUAGCAGAGAACUUCCGGCUCGAAAUCAAGCCCUGACCAUAUCAUCACCACGAAGCAUUUCGUCACCUGAUGUUUUCAAUAAUCGCACCAAAAAUCCAAUAUCCAAGCAAUUGAGCACUUUAUCGGCUGAUUCAUCACAGCCUGCUAUUAUUCGACCAGUUGCUGCACUAGAACAGUUUUUGUGCGGGGAUGAUUCCGAGAAUUUCCCAUCUCCAGCGAUGAUCAGUGAAUCGUCAGAAUGUACUGUUUGUGACAAAGCAACAAAUAUCUGUGAAGCGGUAAGUUACUUUAUUACUUCUUUUUAUCUCCGCUAA